GGAACUGUAUGGAAAACUCUUACUUCCUACUUCCGCUUUGCUUGCCUCCCAUGCUAGCUGUGUUUUGUAGUUAUCAGGGUGAAGAAUGGGGAAAGAUGACUUUAGGUGUGUUGAAUGUAACGAAAAAGCCUCGGAGUUACACCGGGAUUACAGCAACGGGAUCCUGAAGAUAACUAUAUGUUCCUGCCAGAAGCCAGUGGACAAGUACAUUGAAUAUGACCCAGUUAUCAUCCUGAUUGAUGCCAUUCUGUGCAAGACGCAGGCGUUCAGACACAUUUUGUUCAACACAAGCUUGAAUAUCCACUGGAAGCUGUGUGUGUUCUGCCUCCUGUGUGAGGCGUACCUCAGGUGGUCUCUGCUCCGCGGCUCCGAGCAGAGCAGCGACCCCGCUGACAUCAUCAGGUACACCAAGCAAUGGGAGUUCUACGGCAUGUUCGGAUUGGCCGCCCUCGAGCUGUCGGCGUUCUGCGGCGGCGUGCUGUGGUUCCUCUGGGUGGUGGUGGGUCGUCAGCAGGGCGGGACCCUGGAGCUCAGCCUGCUCCUCAGAGCCCUGCUGCUGUCCUGCUACGGGAAGGUCCUCCUCAUCCCCGCUGUCAUCUGGGAGCACGACUACUCGCCGCUCUGCCUGGGCCUCAUCAAGCUGUUUGUGCUCACCUCAAACUCACAGGCCAUCAGAGUGAUCCUGAACAGCAGUAGACGUCUGUCAUUGCUGGCCGUGUGUUUAGGCCUGCUGUCAGAGACCUGCGUGGCUCAGGCCUGUAAACAGCUUCCAUGGAGCAUCCAGGACAUGUUGACAUUGGACUGAACGUCAUCAGACUGUCGGUUAUCUCUCAGGGACGAACAAGUGAUCGUGGACGCCAACUUGUGCCAGAGAGAGGCAGGUUUUUGAAAGAACCCUCUACACACGGAGUUGGAGAAGGGAGUGUUCUGAAGUGUUUUUGCUGCUCAAAGCCAAAAACGGAGACAGAAAGCAGCAGAAGAUCCAUUUUCGUGUUGGAGGUAUAUUUAGGAGGCGGCUCUCCUGUUGUUUUUGGUUUUAAAGGGUGGGCAAUGAGCUCAAGAUUCCUGUGACAUUUUUUUAUUUGAUUUGAUGACUUUAUUGAGACAAACAUACAGAGAGGAGCUGCAGCAUGGCAACGUCUCCUGAUCUAAAUGACUGUUUCUCAGGGCCGCUCUCUCUACGAUUGACACAAACACCGACCCCGAGGUUGUAAUUUGACAAGAAGUACUUCUCUGUUUGGACAGGACGCUCUUCACAUUCUUUGGCUCAUUGGUGACAUACUUACCUUAACUCACACACACAUGCAUACAGAAACACACACACACACAGGGUCAAUUGUGAGAAUGAAGUGGGGAUAAGUGGUUAAAUAAAGCAGACAGAAUUGACUUUCCCAUUAUUUAUUGCUCUGCUGAAAGAUUAGUGUCAAUGUGAUAGAGGAAGGACAGCUGAUGUCAUAUUUUGGGUUUGAUCGGGUUUCGAUUUUUGCAUCAGUAAGCACUAUUUUGUUUGAUAUUCAACUAUAUUAGGGCUGCUACUAGUUGAUUAUUUUUUUUAAUAAUCAAUCAAUUGUCUAUAAAAUGUCAGAAAAGAUAAAACAAUGCCUUACAGAGCCCAAGGUGACUCCCCCAAAUUGCUUGUUUUGUCCGACCAACAGUCCAAAACCCCAAAAUAUGUCAUUUACAAUUUUACGAAAUAGAUGAAAGCAGCAAAUUCUCACAUCUGAGCAGUUGGAGCCAGAAAAUGUUUGGCAUUUUUGCUUGAUAAUUGACUUAAAAUGAUUAUUUGAUUAUCAAAACUGUUGCUGAUUAAUUUUCUGUCAAUCAUCUAAUCAAUUAAUCCGCUAAUAGUUCAUUGGAAUUUAUUAAAUUAGACUAUUCUCAUGACAAACAAUUACCAAAAUUAUUUCUACUGUGUGUUUUCCUCCCAUAUUCUUUGCUUUUGUCAUCAUGUGUCAUUAAACUCACCACUGAAACUGAAACUAAUGAAAUUCUUAAGGCAGGGUCUGACAUUUAUUUGUUACAGAAUGAUGAGUAAAAUCCUUUAACACACUAAACUGCAGCAGGAAUCUCCCCAGACAUCUGGUUUACAAUAAUAAUCAUUAUGAAACAUGUGGGUAAACUUUACCAAACCUCCUUUUACUGUCCCUGGAAUGUGUCUGUCUGUAAACAGAGCAACGUUCAAUCAGUAAAAACAAACGUCCGAAGCCGACCGAGUGUCUGUGGAAUGAGGGGAAUUCAUCCACUGCACUUACCUUCAUACAGUAUGAACAGUAUGAAGGGACAGCUGAACCGGCCUCGGCCCUCAGGAGUCUUUGCAGGAGUCGUGUCGUUGUAACGAACACGUGACGAGAGGCGAGGCUGAAUUCUUUCUGAACAAAACCAUCUGCUGACAGAGGACUCACCCCACCAGAUAACGGGAUGGACAUUCGGUGCUUUUAGGGGCUACAGUUUCUAUACUAUAGCUGCAUGUAGCAUCAAUUUAUCAUCAAAUUAACACCGUAAACAAAUCAUCUGUUCUAUUCAAUAUCACUGUUUUUACUUCUUAACAUCGUGUCUUGUCCUCCAUGAACCCUUCUUUGGUGUUUGUUGUCUUUAUGACAUUUUAUCUGCAUUUCACUUCUUCCACCAUCUGCUGUUACUACAAAGUCUGUUGUAAGAAUCACGCCCUUCUGCUGUUGGGUUGUUUUGUAAGGCGGCAUUCGCAAAAUGUCCUCCAGUUACAAGAAAUGAACAAAAACUACAACAACUAUUAAAUUAAUUGGCAACUA